GGGUUAGAACAACCAUCCCUCAACACCACCACAACUUCCACAAGUACCUAAAACCGGGUGCCCUAGCUCGAAUCCGCGAUUCGCGCAUCAUCAGCGCCAGAUCUCACCGGAUCGGCUCCAUCUGCCAGAUCCCUCUCCGUCGCACUUCUCCUCCUUCCUCCCCGUUGCAUACGCCGCAGGACACCGCCGCCGCCCAGCCUCAGGCCAACGCUGCCGCUUCCUUUGACGGUUUCCCGUUCUUCGUUGCCAGGAUCUACGGACCUCGCUGUCCGCAGCGGAAGAAGCUCAUGGCCGCCAAGUCCGUUAUGUUCGUUCCCGUCAGUCCCGCCGCGGACUCUCCCGGUCUGGUCAUUGACUCCUUCGGCAGUGACUUCAUCGUGGCCAAUUGAAAACGUUGCUUUGUUUCUGAUUUUCUUCUUUCAGAGGCGGUUAUCGUCUAUAGUAUGUAGAGUGGUUUAGAUGUGUAGAUCGACGUGCUCUUUGUAGUACUUCUGUUCGAUUAUAUGUGCAAAAGAAUUGUUUAGAUAGGGUUCAAACUCAAAUUAAUAAAGUGCAAUCAAAUUUCCAACUUCACAUAUAUGUUUUUUUUUUGUGUAUUUUAGUUAUGGACGUGUUGAUGAUUUAUCUACGAUCAUGAUGAUUGGAUUUGAAUGGUCGAUAGAUUUGAUUUUGAGCAAAAUUGGAAUUGCAAUCUCUGAUUUCGGUAUUUUCUUUAUAAUGCAAAUCCUCGUAAGGGGCUUAAGAUUUCAACAGUAUGCUUGUUUAUAAGCAUUUACCUCAAUUUGUUUGAUGAUCAAUUGACUUAUGAUAGGUUCAUGUUGAAUUUACUAUGUUCUGAUGCCAUUAGUAAUCAGCUAUAAUAGUUCUAUUUAUUUUGCCACUUGUCCGUUACGGUUUUCUCGUGUUUAUUAAUGUGAUAGAGUUAUUACUGUUGCGAUAAUAAUGUUAAAUUUACUGCUAUUUAUGUUGACCUAGGGAGUAUAUAUGUUAUUUUAACUUUUUCUUUUCUUCAUCGUGAAAUUACAUUCAUGUUAGUAAGAAUUCUGAUUUCUCUGAUAAAGCUGGUAUGAUAUAACUUGAUUCACUUUACUCUUGUCCUGCUAUUACAUGGAAGCUUUGAAAA